AUGCAUGCCAAACUAUACACAAGCCUCGCCCUGUGCGGUGUCGCUGCCGCCUCAGGAGGCGUCGUCCCCAGACAGACGGCGGCUCCGUCGACAACCGCGAGCAGCGCUCCCGAAGUCACAGCCAUUUCCAGCUGCCACUUUCAUGGAUCACAAAUGUUCUGUAUGGCCGGGACGACAGAGUUCCAGGUCAAGACAACGCCCACGCAGACGACCGACAUUCCCGCUCAAUUUACAGGCUGCCACCACCAUGGCGCUGAAAUGUAUUGUAUUGGUCCAAACGGCGACGAUGUCGAGGUCGACCCUCAGACGGAUGAAGGCACGGAAGGCGGCGACCACGACCACGACCACGAUAGCGGGAGCGGGAGUGGAAGUGGUUCAUCAGGAAACAAGCACUGUCACUUCCACGCCGGCGUCGAGCACUGCGUUGGCGACGGCGAAAGCGAGAGCGGCGGCCAGGCUCAAUGCGACAAGGUGACGCGAGACUACAACGUGCCGCUUCGAGUCGGUCUCCUCUUUGCGAUCCUUGCUACGAGCGCCCUCGGUGUCUUUGGGCCGAUCCUCCUUACCAGGCUGCUCCCCAACAAGCUCAACGUUGCCUUCACGGUCUUGAAGCAGUUUGGCACCGGCAUCAUCAUCUCCACAGCCUUUGUCCAUCUCUACACCCAUGCGUCGCUCAUGUUCGGCAACAAGUGCAUUGGCGACUUGGGAUAUGAGGCCGUUACGUCUGCUAUCGUCAUGGCGGGCAUCUUUCUCUCCUUCAUCGUCGAAUUCAUCGGCCACCGCGUCGUGCUCGCCAAGACGCGCCGUGCCGCCUCGCUCUCCUUUGAGGAUCGCGCGCGCGCCGUGCUGUCAAGCGAGGUCGUCUCCAUCCUCGUCAUGGAGGCCGGCAUCCUGUUCCACUCUCUGCUCAUUGGCCUCACUCUGGUUGUUGCGGGCGAUUCCUUCUUUCUCACCCUUUUCGUGGUCAUCCUCUUCCACCAAGUGUUUGAGGGUCUCGCCCUUGGCUCGCGUAUUGCCACGAUCGGCACCGCGGCCGACUCCCAACUCACCCACGGGCACGGUGUCUUUAACAAUGGGUCCGCGGCCCAGGACACCGACAAGUCGGCCAACUCCCCCACGGCGGAGACGAUGCGGAUCCCAUCGUCUUCCGAAGGCGCCACGGCUCACGCGGGCCUCUCCAUGAAGAAGAAGCUCGGCCUCGCCUCUCUCUUUGCCUUCAUCACUCCGAUCGGCAUGGCCAUUGGCAUCGGCGUCCUGCACAAGUUCAACGGCAAAGACCGCUCCACCCUCCUUGCUAUCGGCACCCUUGACGCACUCUCCGCCGGCAUCCUCGUCUGGGUCGGCCUCGUCGAGAUGUGGGCCGCCGACUGGAUGACGGGCGCCCACGGCAAGAGGCCGGAGCUCGCCGACGCGAACCUCUUGACGGUCGGCCUCGCGGGCUUUGCCCUCGUCGCCGGCAUGGCGCUGAUGAGUCUACUCGGGAAGUGGGCAUAG